AGGGGAGAGAGAGAGAGAGAGAGUGAGUGUGAGAGAGUGAAGAAAUGGCGAGGGGGAAGAUCCAGAUCAAGAGGAUCGAGAACACGACCAACAGGCAGGUGACCUACUCGAAGAGGCGCAACGGCUUGUUCAAGAAGGCCAACGAGCUCACCGUCCUCUGCGACGCUAAAGUGUCGAUCAUCAUGUUGUCGAGCACCGAGAAGCUCCAUGAAUACAUCAGCCCCGCUACUUCAACGAAGCAGUUGUUCGAUCUGUACCAGAACACGUUGGGAAUCGAUCUUUGGAGCUCGCACUAUGAGAAAAUGCAAGAGCACUUGAGGAAACUGAAGGAAGUUAAUAGGAAUCUAAGGAGGCAGAUUAGCCAAAGGAUGGGGGAGAGUUUAGACGGCGUAAGCUUCGAAGAUCUGCGUGGUCUUGAGGAAGAUAUGGAAUCUUCUUUGAAGACCAUUCGUGAACGAAAGUAUAAAAUGAUCAGUAACCAGAUUGAUACACACAAGAAAAAGGUGAGAAAUGUGGAAGAAAUACACAGAAGCCUCCUCCAUGAAUUUAAUGCAAUUGGAGAGGAUCCACACUAUGGGCUAGUCGAUAACGGAGGAGAUUAUGAUCAUUCUGUUAUCGGAUACUCAAACGGAGGCCGCGGUAUAUUAGCCUUGCGUCUGCAGCCUAACCACCAUAAUCUUCAUACUGGAGCCGGAUCUGAUCUCACGACAUUUGCUUUGCUCGAGUAGGCACCAAAUUAAAGCCAAUUUGAAACAGCCGGCCGGAGACCCUGUCUCUAUUUGCACUUGUGAUGUUGUAGAACCAUAACAAGUAUUUGAACUACCGUUUGUGACCAAAUGUGUUUGAUUUUGUGCCUAGCUACUAUAUGUUUUACCAUAACUUUGUUGUGUGUAAUAUCGAGGAGUGCCUUGUUUGUAA